AUGGUUGUGUCAGACCGCUUUGGCACACGCGGCGGCGACGACAGACAGCAGAGGCGAGUGAAGAGUGCGUCUAGUGUGGCAUCUUUCUCGGCGAAUGCUUGGAGCAACCCGCGAGGGUCAGGGUCUGAAUCUGCCGAAGCAGCAGCAGUGGAGGUGAAGCGUGAUGCUACGCCUGACGCUGUCUCAGCAGUACGCAGAAGCACCGGUGGUGUGGCAAUGACGGACGCUGUUCUGCCGCGGUCCUCGCCACCGCCGCGGCCAAAGCAGUCAGCGACGGUCCCUCUCACCACUGCCUCAUCAAUCCCUAGCCGUACUGCUGCUGUGUGGACAGGGGGGCGCCGUCGCGUUGACGUUGACCAGCUGCGCCAGCGGCUCGCCAGCUGUGAUGUCGCUAAUAUGUCGCUCUUGGAUUCGCGUGGGUGGGCAAACUCACCGUCGGUAGCGACGCCUCUGGAGAAGGAGAAUUGUGUUCCUGGCACCGCGAAGGUGGGCGUGCAUGCCACAGACCCAUGCUCGGAAGCAUACUAUGCGCGCUACGACGCGGAGGUGAAUCGCCGCUACAAUGAGUCUCGCGCCUCGCGUGGGUGGGAGCCUGAUGCUACAAUAGAACCGUCAUCAUCGUCGUCCCCCUCACCGAAGGUUCCACAGCAGGGUGGCGUGCAACGCAUCCUUGCCCCCGUUGCGGCAAAUCUGCCACAGCAGAUGUUUCUGCCGCCGGGUGAAGAAGUGUCUCCACACAGCAACAGCAACGUGUCCACUGUUGCUGUUGUACGCCACUGGUACCACGACGGGGAUGACAAUGCUGAGGGACGCAGCACGCAAGGCAGAAUCAUUGCGGUAGAUGCUGUCCGACUGUCUCAAAAGGAACCUAUUUGUGCGCCACCACUGCCAUUGCUGUUAUCGCCACCGCCACUACAGCAUCAAACAACCAGGUUGCGUGGACGGCCGUUGCCGCCGCAAUCGCCCUCGCGGCGGGCAAUCUCCCGCGUGCAGCAAGGUCAGCCCCGGCAUGUCGAACCCGUCGUCCCCCGCACGAGAGCGCCGCCAACUCCGCCCGGGCGUUGCGUGGUGGAUUCGCUCGCCAAAUGA